AUGGACUAUCUAAUCCAUAGCUCAAAUUCACCUGGCUAUUACGUGCCGGCCGCGGCGCAUCUCAGCGACCCCGGGCCGGGCCUGACGCGGCGGUGCCGUGAUUUCUGCCGUGGGCGCCGCCCGCUGCCCCCACCGCCGGUUCUCCCCCGCCGCCCGUCCGUCCUACGCCCGCCCGCCGCCCCCGCCGCGGCCUCGCCGGCCCGUGCGCACCUUUUUGAUGUUGUAGAGGCGAGUCAGCAUGCCGACGCCCCGGUCGUUGAGGAUGGUGAGCUUCUCCGCCAGCUUCUGCUGACUGGGCUGCAGCACGGAGCGCGACAUGGUGGUGGCUGUGGCGGUGGUGGUGGUGGUGGUGGUGCCGCCGCCGCCGGCCGCCUCGCGCCCAGUCACCGGCCCGCGGCCUCCGCGUCAACCUCUCUCGGGCCUCCUCCCCCCGCCCCCAGCCCGCGACCUCCGUCUCAGGGGAAAACGUCCAUGACCCUCGCGCCCCAAUCCCGCGCGGCUGACAGAGCGAGCCGCGGCAGACGCCUCACGGUCCCUUCCCCCGCAGCAGCCCGCGCCCCGGCAGCCUCCUGCCUUCCGCCCGCCGCCCUUCCGUCCCCACCCCCGGCGCUCUCCGCCCCAGCCCCCACCGAGCCGCCUUCCCCGGCUCCUCCACUAGGUGUGGCGGCGGCGGCGGCGGCGGCGGCGUCUCCGGCGGCUGAGAACGAGGCAGCUUCCCGCAGCCCAGGACGAGCGCUCGGUCACCUGAUCGGCCGCGCCGGCGCCCCCGCGAGGCCGGAUGGGGAACUGCGCCUGGGGGGGGCCCUCGCCCGCCCCACUCGGCUUGGCCGCGGCCGCCGCGCGCUUAGGACCGGACUCCCGCCCCAGAUCCUGCCCUGCGCCCACUUGUGUCUGAUCCCGGCAUGGGAGUCCUCCGCCGGGACCGAGUGGGGUGGCAUUUCCAUGCUCGCUCCUCUUCGCCCCCCACCCCUCUCCUACAAGUUCCCAAAAGUUGCCUUUCCGCACCACCUCCCUAAAGAAACCAGCAGAAGCCCGGAGGGCGGGAGGGGAGCGUUUCAGGCGACUUUCGCCUAAGAGUGGGCUGGUGGCUCCAAGCUUUUUCCUCCCACUGCUUGACAGACGCUCCCGGCUGAACACAGCAGAUGUUGUGCUCCGCGAGGCAGGCAUCGCCUCUCGCAUCCUCCCCAUCCCAUCCGUACUCCCCUGCCUCAAGGCAGUUUGUGAGAGAGGAGGUCGGAAGUGAGGGCAACUCAGGUUCCUGAGAUAAUCGGAAUCCGGAAUUUGUCGACUAGUGGCACCCAUCCGGAGAAGACUCUAAAUAGGCCAUGGCAUGAGGGAGGCAAAAAAUAAAUGUUCAGUGAAUGAAGGAACGAUCGCAUUUUUUUCUGGCCUCCACCCUAAAUCCCACCCCUUCUUGGAAACAUUCUACUUUUCCAUCUCAUUGCUUUUUGGGUUUUUUUCCUGAUCGGUUUCUUCCCGGCCACACUCCAAGACUACUCCCUCAAGACAAAUGUAUUAAACUUGGUUCCAAAAGUGACGGAAUCAAGGACUUAGGUAAUUGGCUUGAGGAGUUCUAGCCAAGAGGAUUCACACUGCUUUGAUCAUUUCUGCCCUUAAUUUCUUUCCAUGUGUUAAUCUUUCUAUUAUAUUCAUUAAUUUUAAGUGAAUGACAAAAUGUUCU